AUGCUAAGGAAAAAGGACGCUGAAAAAAACGAAAAUGAAAAGGAAACACAUAUUUUAUUUUAUAAAAAACUUAAGAAGAGGAAUAAAAAGAAAAAAAAGUUGAAGCAAUCCUUAUGUUGUUCAUUUAAAUUGUACAACUUAAGAAGAAAUUGUUAUUUUGAUAAUUUUCCAAAAAAAUUAUUAAUUUGCAGAAAAUGUGUUUUUGCAUAUUUCGAAGUUAAUGUAGUUGCAAACAUAAUUUUUAUGAGACAUGGAGCUAGAACUCCAAAAAAAAAAAUUAAAAAUAUAUGGCCAUUUGUAGAAAAAAAAGGAGAUUUAACUUUUCUGGGAUUUGAACAAUCGAUAAAAAUUGGUGAAUAUCUAAGGGAAUAUUAUCAUAGUUUAAAAAAAUUAAAUAAAAAAUAUAAUAAAAAGAGGUAUAGACAUAUAAGGGAUAGUAAAGUUUUUAAAUUUUUUAAAUGGAAUGAAGAACAUCAAAUUAAAGAAAUGCUAAAUUAUUUUAUUUGUGUAAAGAAAGGACUGAACUCUACAGAUAGACCAUUGUUUAUGGGUGAUCAAACAAUAGAGAAUUCUCUUUUUUUGAAUUAUAUAAAUUAUUUAUAUUUUCACAAAAAACAUUUGCUAAAAAAAAAAUUAAAAAAUUAUGAUAUAAAAAAAAAAAAAAAUUAUGAUACAUUCAUAAAAGUUAUAAAUAAAUAUUUGUCUAUUAGAACAACGAAUAGUGAACGAUGUAAAUUAACAGCAUAUGCAAUUAUUUGUGGUAUUUUAGGUGUAAAUAAAAAAAUAUAUAUGAGUUUUUUUCUUUUAAAAUAUAUAAAUAACAUUGAUUUUUUUCAAGAUUCGUGGAAAAUAUUUAAAAUUUUGAAUGAAGAAAUAUUUAGCAAUUGUAUUCAUAGUGAUAUUUGGAAUAUAUGGUGGAAUAAAAAUAAAAAGGGUUUAGAAAAAUGUUUGAAAAAUAAUAAUUUUUUUUUUAGUGAUAAUAUUGAAAAGAGAUUAAAAUUCGAUUAUAAAUUAUGUUAUUAUAAAGAAAAAUGUAGAUACACAAAAAUAAUAGAAAAAUAUGAUUUGUUUAUGAAUAUAAUUAGUUUCAUAAACUUUUAUAUUAAUGUAUUUUUUUAUUUUUUAAAAAUAUUAUAUAUUUUAUGCUCAAUUGUUAAAGUUGCGGAAAGGGAUACAAUAAUGAUAUCAACGCUAAAAUCGACAAAUAAUUAUAUUAAAAUAUUAAAAAAUUAUAUUUUUGAAAAUUCUAAUAUUUAUAAGUUUUUAAAUAAUUAUUAUAAAAGUGAAAUAUCCAUCAUUUAUUACCUAACAAAAUGGAAAUCAAAUUAUAUUUGUAGAUUCAGUUUGUUGCUAAACAAUAAAUAUAGCAAUUAUUCAAACAAAGGAAAAGACAAUAGAGUAGGUAUUAUACAAAAUAAAAAAGACAACAAAAUAGGUAUUAUACAAAAUAAAAUUUUUACAAUUUUAAAAAAAUAUAACUCUACUUUAUAUAUAUUAAAGAAAAAAUUAAAUAAAUCUAUAAUUUUGAACGAUAUAAAAAAAAUUAACUAUUCAUCAGGUUAUAUGAAAAAUUAUUUACACUUACCAAUUUUAUUUAAUUUAAAAAAUAUGGAUAUGAACAUUCAUAAAAUAAAACUCCUUCAAAUAAACUCAAUAUAUGAUUGGUGUAAUAAAAAUGAUAAUAUGGGAUUAUAUAAUUACAAAUAUCAUAUUUUUAAAAGAAAACAAAAAAAUGUAAAAAUAAUUAAACAGUUUGUAAGCUCAUAUGACGCAUAUUUAUAUCACAAUAUUAACAUUAUUUUUGAUAUUAAAAAGGGGCAUGAAAAUUUGAAAUUAAAAGAAAUAAAUUUUCAAAAUUAUUUUCAGAAAAAACAAGAAAAAAUAAAUAAAUUAUUUUUUCAGAAAAUAUAUCAGUGCUAUAAAUGGAUGAUGUCAUUUGAAUAUAAUAAUAGAUAUUUGUCUUGGGUAUGUAGUGGUUUGUCUUUAAUUGAUGUUGUUAUUAAUUUUUUAAUAAGUGUAAGGUUGUUUGAAAAUAAAAAAAAUAAAAAAAAAUAUAUAUAUACCCCCAAAGUUACAUUAUAUCUAACUCACCAAUCUGCUAUUUUAUCAUUUCAAUCUUGUAUAGGUAUAAAAAAAAAAUAUAUGAAAAUACCACCAUUUGGUGGAUUUAUAUCUUUAGAAUUAAUACAAAUAAAAAUGAAAAUUGUUAAAAAUAAUUCAAUAAUAUUACAUUCAAGUUUUUCAAAUUUUGAUGACAAAAAUAAUGUCUUAAAUUUUGGAUAUGAUAAUAAUUUUAUCAACAUAUUUUGUUGUAAAGAAGAUUGUGUUUGGAAAAAAAAAAAAAAUAUAUAUAGAAAAAGACGAAAAGGAAUUCAAGAAAUAAAAAAGAAUACUAAAUUAGAAAAUUAUAAAAAUAUUUUCAAAGUUCAUGAUAGUAAAAUUCAUGAUUUUAAAAAAUUAUUUUUUCUUUUAUGUAAAGAAAAUAUCGAUAUAGAUCAUCUAAUUCAAUUAUAUGAUGAAUGCCUAAAAAACAAUUAUAAAAAUAUUCGAAAUUUGAAUUUUAAAAAUGAUGAUAAUAUUAAGGAUAACAAAAAAAAGAGGAAAUUUCAUGGAUUUUUUGUUAAAUUCACUUUUAAUAAUUUUUUUCCAUUAAAACUUGAAAAAAAAAAUAUAAUUACUAAGAAUGUUCACAAAAUAAAUGAUAACCACAUUAUGAAAGACAUAUCUAAUUCUAAUCAAAAUUAUAUUUUUAAUCCAAAAAAAUUUAAAUAUAUAGAAAAUAUCCAAAAAAAUAAUUAUAGUAACUAUAACAAACUUGAUCAAAUUAUAAAAAUAUAUCAUAACGAUUAUAUUAAUUUGGAAAACACAUAUGAUAAAUACAUGGAUUAUAUAUAUAAUAGUAAUAGUGAUAUUUAUCGAAAUAUUUAUACAAAAUUAAAUAAAAUAUAUUCUGAACAAAAUAGUAUAAAAAAACACACACAUUUUAAUAACAAAAUAAUGUCUCGAAAAUAUAACCACAAACAAAAAAAAAAUGAAAAUAUUUUAAAACCAAAGAGUGAAAACAAAUAUUCGAAUCAAUUGAAUAAUUUCAAAUUUAGGCAUAAAUUUACCAAAAAGAAAAAUGUGUUAAUACCCAUAAAUUUUGAAAUCACACAAAAUCAAAAAUUUUAUAUUUUUCAAAAUAAAAAUGUAGACCUGGAUGAUCAAAAUGAUGGUGUAACGGGGUACCGAAUUAAAGGUCCGAGAAAAAAAGGUGCAUUAAAAAUAUUUAAAAAAUGGGCAAAAAAAAAAACUUAUAAAAAUGAAAAAAACACACAAAGUAAACAAUAUAUGAAUGGUAAUAUCAUUUGCUUAGAUUGUCUAGUUGCAUAUUUAAAAAAAAUGAUAAGGGUUUAUGGUAAUCCUGAAAUGGUGUGA